AUGGAUGACGCAGAAUUGAAUGCUAUUAGAGCAGCUAGAUUAGCCGAACUACAAAAGAAUGCAGCAGGUGGUGGAAGCAGUAGCACAGGAUCCAAUUCUGCUUCAGGUGCUACAGGAGGAGCAGGAGCAAAUGCAGAUGCAAUAUUGGCAAGAGUUUUAGAUACAGCAGCUAGAGAAAGAUUAAGUAGAGUUAGAAUGGUAAGACCAGAUCGUGCCCAAUCAGUUGAACAAUAUAUCUUGAAAUUAUAUUCAAUGGGCCAAAUUAAUCGUAAAUUAGUUGAAAAAGAUAUUGUUGAAAUAUUGGAUGGAAUAAGUAGAGAUAGUUCUCAACAACAAACUACUAAGAUUACUUAUAAUAGAAAGCAUAUAGCUGUUGAUGAUGACGAGGAUGACGAUGAUGACUUCUUUGAUUAG